GUACAUCCAUUGUACAUGUGCAUCAUCAGCAUGCAUUUUGCUGUUGUAUUUCUCGUGCGUGCAGCAGGCGUAAAACAGCCUCUCGGGGAAUGACUCAAAUAAUUGAUAGUUUUGGACACGGAAUGUUCUCUUAAUUCCCGUUUAGAAUGAAGUUCCUCUAUGGGUGGACUAAGCAGAUGUAUCUAAAGACGGACUUGGUGAUAUUUGGGGGUGAGCAGAGGCUCGGACAAGGGAAGUAAACUCUAUUCGGAACCUUUUCGGGGAGGAAAGUUUAACAUAAGGAGGCAUCAAUUAAUGAUAAUUUGAGUGAGGACCAAAGUUGACUGAAUGCUACACCCGGCUAUUUGUUUUGUCUACAUCUGGUAGGAUGGUUUGUCGACAAGUAACGUGUCAUUUUCCCCGGUGUCUAACAUGCACACUGCACCUGGCGAUGGCACUUUUCCUGGUAUCCACUACUCGAGGACUACACAAAGCUGAAGCUCAGGGAACAGUGGAAAUCUACCCUGAGGAGCCUACACUCAAAGUCGGCCAGGCCCUCACCCUGACCUGUGAAAUAAACCAUCCCAACCUCAUCUCAGCCGUGGAUAUCCAAUGGAGUCACGACGGAGAACCGCUUUCAUCAGAGCUGUAUAGCGCCCUCGACACCAAGCGAUCACGGCUGGUGAUACCGCGAGCAGGGUUUCAAGACAGCGGGGUGUAUGCUUGCAACACGGAAAAGUCAGCGCAACUGGGUAGCAACAGCACAGAAGUCAACAUUGGAGAUCCACCAAGUGCGGCCAAGGAUCUGAAGUGCUUCUCCAGAGACAAUUUCGACAUCACAUGUGAAUGGAUGCCAGGGAGUGACACAAAUAUUCCCACCUUUGACUACCUGUUUUACGUACCACAACCAAGCUCUUCAAAUCCAGGCAAUGUGGAGUGGGAGACAUGCAGGAGCGUUCUACCGGGAAAUACAUCCUGCGUUUUGGAAGAAGUACACGAGACUUACUACUUUUAUGUGUUGUCUGUGAACAGACUCGGAAAUGCCUCAACGGCACCUAUCUCAUUUGAUCAUGAAACAGAGACCGUCUCGAACCCCCCUAAGAAUGUUCGCGUCAAAGCGACCCCACAGUCCCGCUUACACAUCGAGUGGGACUUUCCUGAUGAGUGGAGGUUGUACUAUGUUACGCAUCUCAUGUACAAGAUUGAGUACUUCAUCAAAGAUCGCUCUCCUACAGUAUCCAUGGAGUUUCCUGGACCCUUGUCGGAUAAGGAGCUUAGAGACCAUCAGACGGAGUUGCCAUUUCCGCAAUAUCUGGACGCAUACACGAUUUACUGUGUCAAAGUCGCCGCCAGAAUGACUGGUUGCCCGUGGAGUAGCUGGUCUGAAACGGUGUGCAAGAGAACCCUAGAGCAGAAUCCAGAUUUGAAAUUGAACGUCACCUUUUCCUCGAGUGUCAGUGAACGGAAUGAGUCUCUUCGUCAUGUGGUCUUAGAAUGGGAGCCACUACCGGUAGAGCACAGACGCGGCAUUAUCAUUGGAUACAAUGUGAUGAACGUGACUAUCAUACAGAGAGAUGUCAUAUCCAAUGUGACACUGAACGCCUCGCAGACUAGUCUGGUGAUCAAUGAUCUUGAGCGAUUUCAGAAGUACAAGUUUGCCGUCGAAGCUUUCAACAGCGCUGGUGCCUCGCCAAGGACGAUCAUUGAUAUACCACAGGAGUACCCGCAAUAUCUUUCUUCAGUGAAUGUCACUGUAGUAGCAGUGAUAGGAGUCUUGGUCAUUCUUACUCUAGUUGGGUUAAGCUGGCAUUGCAUCAAAUGGAUGCUCAAGCCGGUGCCAUCCAUCUACUUCAUUGCACCCGAACAGUUUGAAAGAAUUCUUGAUGGUCGCGUCCCACGUCGAGACAUCGAGAGGGAAGUCUUUGAUUUGCCCCCCAACCAUUGCACUCCGAACGGAGUCAUUCCAAACGGCAUCUUGGGGAACACGCAUUUAUCUCAGCCCUGCGCUGAAGGAGGAUGCGCAGCGGACCACGGUGAAGCUGAUUAUGUGAAACUACGGGAAGAGGCGUCCAAGGAAUCGGAUCGCCUCCUUUGUGAGGUCGACUCAUGUCGGAAGUUGUCAAGGACCAGUACGGACUCAGCAAACUCAUCUGAGGACUUUCACGAGAAGGAUCCACUCUCGCCUGGAUCAACCACAGGUGGAUCAGGAAAGUUAUCCGCUUUAUUUGUGCAUCUACCAGGUUCUGUCUCAUUGGAACGGCUUCAUACCGGUUUAGGCCGGUCUGCACUGGAUUCAACUGACUCCGGGUAUGGAGAGACUUGUACUGAGAACCGAGUGCCUAGCUAUUUAAAACUAUCGACCAUCCAGACCGAUGGAGGGUUGGUGGAAGUGCCUCCUAGUGCAGAGUUUGACGCCGAGAAUGAUGAGGAUGGCGGGGGUGAUGUUUACCACCGGCUGGGUACCGGUGAAGCUAUCGGGAGUGAUUCGAGUCCCUCAUUGAGCCAAUCACAGCCCUGCAUUUACUCUGAAGAAACAAUGCCUUCUUACACAAGACUUGUAGCCAUUCCAGGCCCACUAUCCAAUGGUGUAGCGCCCUCGCUUGAUAAUGGUCAUCUACUGAAUGGAACAGCGCCCUCCUUUGAUGAUCAUGGGCCAGGGAGUACAUAGUUGUAAUAUAAACUGUAUACAUUCAUGUAAAUAGUCAGAGAAAGUUUUUUUUUUUUUUUAUUGUUUGCUCCCGAAAGGGAGUUACUGUUUCUCAAGAAUCUAAUGUGCAAAAGGAAAUAUUGAUGAUGUUCUUGUAUUUAAUACUUUGGAUAAAGCCAGGAUUAUAAAAUAAUUGCUGCCUUCUUCGAUGUAAACUUGACUGUUGAAUGUACAUUUUGGCCAGAUUUGUAUUUAAACUGAUUGUCAUUUGUUAUUCGCAGGCAUGGUCUUUUCUUCUCGUCUAUUAAGAUAGAAUGAAAGACAAAUAUGAAAUUUACUUUACCGUAUACCUUUGUAAUAAUAUGCAUAUUUCUACUGACUUGCCAUACCGC